CUGCCAUAGGCUGGCUGUGCAUGAAAUUGAACAAUGAACAUCAACAUCAGCCAAUUCAACGCUACUCCCCGCUACACCAUUAUUAUCUACAACCAUCAACCCUUCUGCGAAAGGUGAGAAGUUCAACUGGGAACUUGGAAGGACCGAGCCGCACGGUUCCAUCAUCAGGAGACUUCUACUUAGCACUACCAUUACCUCAAGAUUCAACCUAUCGAUCAUUUGACGCACGAUAACCCUUUAAUUGCAAACAAAUAACCUUCAUGUUCACGUGAUAUUCGUCAACAAACGACUGUGUUUGGAAGCAAAGAACUCAUCAAGUCAAGUAUCAAUAUAACUCUGGGAUAUUUCACCAGAAACUCACCUCCAUGAAAGAAUCAUUCGAAAUUUCCGUUUCAAUUAUUAUAGUGAAAGAAGGCUAGAGUGAUACUUAGACUCUCAUAUCCACCAAAUAUCAGCUCCCUCUUUUGCCAACUCAAGCUCCUGCUUCUCUUUCGAUCAUAUACCACUUUCCAUCCGGAGGAAACGUUGGGAUGUUUACCACUAAGAGCUUAUUCUCGCAAACGAAAUGCCCAAAUCGCGAAAAAUGUUUGAUACCAAGAUGCAUAUUCUCACAUGAUCAUCUCACCGUUCAAACAUUAUCAAACGGAACAGCACAAGUAAACACUGUCCAGCAAGUCGAUGAGAAUUAUGGAGAUCAGGAUGGCCAACGAAAGCGCCAAAAGAUUGAUUGUGGGGAAGGAAGUACAACCCCAACAACUGAGCCACCAUCUUCAUUUCCAAGUUUGAAAGCUGUCACCACAGCACAGAAAGCAGUGGAAAGCAGAGCCCCUUUAGUGCAAGCAUCAAAACCGACGUCAACAGCUCGACGUGAGAUUUCUCCUCCACCAUUACGUCGCAAAUCUCAGAACGAUAUUUCCAUAUCAACAGCACCCUCCUCUAUUCACAAGAAUGCUGUCCAAAAGCAAAACGCGUCAGUCGCACUUAAAGUUCAAACCGUGACAUCAAAUCCAGUCAAGAAACCCGAGAAGAAUGAACCUCUCAAUCCACGCGCACGUAAGACUGCACCAGCUGUUCAUAAUAUCAGGCUCAGACUUGUGCAAGCUCUAUAUGAGCAGUUGAAACGUCUUAAUUCCGAGUUAUCUAAAGAUGCAAACGAUGAAGAAGAGGAACUAGUAUUUUCAGAUCAAGGAUUGAUCACAAGAGUAUUAGAUCUGGAAGAGGCUGCUUGUGAAACACCUAGCAUAUAUUCUAAUGUUGUCAAGAACAAGAUCAUGGUGUACAAAAGAAUGACUGUUGCGCAGUGGAAAGAAGAGAGAGCCAGGGAGGUUGCCAAAGAGAAAGCUUCGAGGGUACCUGUGUCAGACACACCAGUCACAAAACCUGACGAACCACCGAAGCCCAUCGAGACAGGUCUUAGCCCAGAAGAAGAAUUAGCUUUACUCCCAAGACUGUAUACUCCCGUACACGGGUUAUCACAACACGGAUAUGUCACGAAUAUUCCUACAGCUGCAGAAAUUGAAAAAGCAAAGAUAGGUAUAGAGGCAUCCAAAGGUUGGGAAGUUUGCGAUCGUUGUAAAACCCGUUUCCAGGUAUUCCCUGGUCGCCGUGAAGAAGACGGUAUACUCGCAUCUGGUGGUUGCUGCACUUACCACUUCGGAAAACCCUAUUGGAAAGACCGUUCUUCGCUCGAUCCCAAAGCAAAACGAGAAAAGAAAUGGCGUUGCUGUGAUCAGAAUAUUGGAGACACUUCCGGAUGUACCACAGCUGAACAUCACGUCUUUAAAGUGAGCGAAGCGAAACGUUUAGCUACGGUAUUAAAUUUCGAAAAAACUCCUAAAAAUGAAGCAGAUUCUUCUAUUCCUACCCAACCCAUCUGUAUCGAUUGCGAGAUGGGCUACACAGUCCACGGCCUCGAACUCAUCCGCUUAACUGCCACUUCCUGGCCCUCAGGCUCUUCUCUCCUCGACAUUCUCGUCCGUCCUUAUGGAGAGAUCCUCGAUCUCAAUUCACGCUAUUCAGGCAUCUACCCCCAAGAUAUCACCUCCGCAGUCCCCUACUCAUUCCCCGGCUCCAAACUCCUCGCCGAAAGCAAAGGCAAACUCCGAAUCGUCGAUUCCCCCGGCAUAGCGCGUAGCCUCCUCUUUUCCUUCCUCACCCCCUCCACUCCGAUCAUCGGUCACGGUCUCGAAAACGAUCUCAACGCUACCCGAUUCAUUCAUCCCACAAUUGUAGACACGGCUCUACUAUUCCCUCAUAAAGCAGGUUUACCCUUUCGCAAUGGUCUUAAAAUGCUCAUGCAAAAUUUGCUAAAUCGAAAUAUACAAAUGGUUACGUAUACCGAAGGAAAGGUCGAUGGACAUGAUAGUGAAGAAGAUGCGAAUGCAGCGGGAGAUUUGGUUAGAUAUCGUAUUGGGAAGGAAUGGGAGAGGAUGCAGAGAGCUGGGUGGAAAUUGAAAAAUGGCGUUUUUGAACCCCCUGAAAAUGCAAGUGCGCGUGCGCUUGAGAAGGGGGGAAAGUGGAUAAAGGAGACGGGUCACGAUGGAAAGGAUGGAAAUGAUAGAAAAGACGAAGAAAACAAUAUGGAAAAUGAACAGCAGGUAAAAGAUGAGAGGAUCGUAGUAUCUGUAUCUGUAUCUGCGGGUUCAAAGAGAAGUAGAGAGGAUAUGGAGGGAUGAGGAGUAAGUAUCGUAUUUAGCUAGUAGGUAGUUAGUCAAAAUCACCGAUAUAAAAGUUAGAUAGAUUUAAAUCUUACACCUUCGAAUUUGAGUUUGAGUAGGAGUUUGAGUCUGAGCUGGAGAGAGUGUUGUAUUAGUGAAUUGAUCUGAAUCAAAGAUUUAAGAAUAGGUAUCUAUUAUCUAUUAUAUAGAUAAAUAAAUAAUAUUUGUCACAUCACCACGCGCAUCAAACAAACUACACAGUGUGGAAAAGACACCUAUUAUCCCACCAUCCACCAUCCAUCAUUCAUUAUAUAAAAAUGAUAGUAUAAUAUCAUAUCCUCUCAUCUUAUAAACACAAAAAGAAUAUCUAAAUCAUGAUCAUACAAUCAAUCCAUCAAUCAAUCAGUCAACCUGACUUCUAUCUCCAGAUCAUUCCCCAGACUAGCACGCCAACUGCAAAUAUAAAUC